AUGCCACAUUUGGAAGGGUUCCCUCAGUGGGCGGCAGGCGCCAUUCGGAGUUCGGGAGGAAGUCGCGCAGGUCAGACCCGGAGCGGGCGGGCGCCCUCGGUCCUUGGCGGGGAGAGAGGCGGGGGUCCGAGCGCUCCGCCCCGGCCGCCCUCCGUCGGGUCCCUCAGGACGCUUUCCCUUCUUUGCCCGCCGCGCCUGCGCAGCGCAGAGUGCACGGAUCACCCAGACGCCCCUGCGCUGGCCGAGCUGCGAGCGAGCCCGCCGCGCCGCCAGGGGGUGCCGGGCCUGCGCAACCUGGGCAACACGUGCUACAUGAACGCCAUCUUGCAGUGUCUGUGCAGCGUUUCGCCGCUGGUGGAAUACUUCGUCUCCGGGAAGUACAUCACGGCUCUUCGAAAGGAUUGCCGUGAGGUCGCCACUGCUUUCGCCUAUGUGAUGACAGACAUGUGGCUUGGAGACUCAGAAUGUGUCUCCCCAGAAGUAUUUCGGUCAGCUCUUGGCAACCUCUACCCAGCGUUUAUGAAAAAGACACAACAGGAUGCUCAGGAAUUCUUGAUUUAUGUCCUGAAUGAACUUCAUGAAGCUCUGAAAAAAUACCAUCGAAAAAGAUCAUAUGAAAAAGGAUCUGUUCCCAGAUGCUGCAGGAAGGUGAUUGCCAAUGAGUCCUCCAUCAUCACACAGCUGUUUGAAGGGCAGCUCAACUACAGCAUCAUGUGUUUGAAGUGUGAGAACUGUACCUACAAGAAUGAAGUCUUCACCGUCCUCUCUCUCCCCAUUCCAUCCGAAUAUGAGUGCUCUCUUCAGGACUGUCUCCAGUGUUUUUUUCAACAAGACACACUGACCUGGAAUAACCAAAUUCACUGUUCUUUCUGUGAAACCAAGCAAGAAACAGCUGUAAGGGCCAGUAUUUCCAAAGCACCAAAAAUAAUUAUCUUUCAUUUAAAAAGAUUUGACAUUCUGGGUACAAUGAAAAGGAAACUGAGAACAGAUAUUCAUUACCCACUCACCAACUUGGACCUUACUCCUUACAUUUGUCCAGUUUUUCGGAAACACCCUAAAUACAAUCUCUGUGCAGUGGUGAACCAUUUUGGUGAUCUGGAUGGUGGCCACUACACUGCUUUCUGCAAGAACUCAGUGACCCAAGCCUGGUAUAGCUUUGAUGACACACGAGUCAGUGAGAUUCCAGAUACUUCAGUUCAAACUGCUACAGCCUAUCUCCUGUUCUACAGCUGCCAGCCCUUUUCUAUACCUAUAAAAAAAUGCAAGAGCUAGGAAAAUGGUGUUUCCUGAAAACUGCAAAAAAGCAAAGUUUUGCUUUGUCAUUAAACUCUUGCAACUUACUUGCAUCACUGACAUUUUUAAGUCUUUCCGGUAUAUUAUUCACCCUUUUACAUGAUAAGUCUCUACCAAAGAAGAUAGGUCCGGGCCUACUGAAAAAGGCAGCAUGUAAAUGAUGAAAUGCUAAUUGAUGGGGGCCUUCAA